GCGCAUGCUAACUAUCUGUAGCUUCACACAGCUGGCUAACAACUUCCCGGGUCAACUUGUGCACGCGAGAAGUGACAGCAGCAACGUUAUCAAUCGACAAACAGCUGAUAAUAUUGAUUUCUGUCAAUAAUCUUAGCUUGUCAACCUUAUACACUUACUGCUCAUCUUUAGAAGAACAUUUUAAUUCAUCAAAGAUGGUGUUUUACUUCAAAAGUGCCGUGGUGAACCCUCCCUACACGAUCUACAUGGGGAAGGACAAGUAUGAAAAUGAGGAUCUAAUCAAGUACGGGUGGCCUGAAGACAUCUGGUUUCAUGUGGACAAACUGUCCUCGGCUCACGUUUAUCUGAGAUUGCCAAAGGGUAACACCAUAAAUGACAUCCCCCCAGAGGUGCUGAUAGACUGUGCACAGCUGGUGAAAAACAAUAGCAUUCAAGGCUGUAAGAUGAACAACAUCAAUGUGGUUUACACACCGUGGGCCAACCUGAAGAAAACCGGAGACAUGGACGUGGGACAGAUCGGCUUCCAUCGACAGAAAGAGGUGAAGAUCGUGGCGGUGGAGAAGAAGAUCAACGAGAUGAUAAACCGUCUGGAGAAAACAAAAGAAGAACGCUUCCCCGACCUGGCGGCAGAGAAAGAGUCGAGAGACAGAGAGGAGAGGAACGAGAAGAAAGCUCAGCUCCAAGAACAGAAGAAACGAGAGAAAGAGGAGCAGAAGAGGAAAAAAGAGAUGGAGGAACUCAAGAGCUAUUCUUCACUGAUGAAAGACGAAAAAAUGAAGACUAAUGAGGACGGCUACGAUUCAGACGACUUCAUGUGAGAGGUGACGACUGGACAGCGAGCAGACAGAAUCCUCCGCCAGCACUCAAAUCUGCUGUGGGGAUGCUCCCCUGCUGCUUCUGCUUGCUGCAACAGUGCAUUGACAUUGGGGGAAAAAUUAAAAAAAAAAAAAAAAAAGACAAAC